CCAUCCCACAAAGAACAAAAGGGGAAACUCACGGAAGCCCCACCCUCGUGAGGAGGGGGUCCCUGGGAGCUGCCCAGGGCAGGGGGCUGCGGCGCACCGGCCUCUGACCACGCCCCUCCCGGAGGGAACGUGCGGGCCGGCACCUCCCCCAGCCUCUCCCGACCAGCAGGGCCCCCACACCCGUGUGCAGGCAGGGCCACGGGGCUGACCUGGGCCUGCACAGGCGGCACCAGCUGGGGGGCCCUGGGCUCACAUGAGCAGGGGAGCCGCAGGGGUGCACUGUGAGCCUCCAGCUCAUUUGCCUCUUCUCCAGGCUCUUCUCCGAUUGACUCGCUGUCUCCUCACCCCAAGAGCCGCCAGCAAAACCAUCCCCAGAGGGCAUAUGCGACGUGGCCCAGCCCACGCAGGCUUGCAGCAGCCAACAGGAGGCGGGCAAAGGGCUGAGCCCAAAAGAUCCACCAGGGCUUGCCCAGACCGCGGAUUCAGCAGGUCGGGGCCCAAGAAUCGCGUCUCUAAGAGUCGGAACGGGGUCGCCGAGGCUGUGGCCGCUCAGGGUGAGGAAGAGCCAGGCGCAGGCCCCGGGAAGCAGCGGGCAGCGCCCCCGUCCCUGCAGAGCUGCCUAACUAAGUCCUCCCCGGAAAAGCCAGCUCUUCCUAGCGGAGCCCUGAAACGAUGGGAAACGCAGCCACAGAGGGCUCCACUGCUGCCUGGGUCCCGCCUGUCACCCGCCCGCCCAUCGGCACCCGGUGCCCCCACCCCGAGGGCUGUGCUCCGCGGCACUCGCCACCACCCAGGGACACGCCGCCCCCAUGCACUGUGCUUCUGUCUAGCACCGAGCAACUGUGAGCCUUCAAGCAAACCAGAGGCCUCCGGGCCCAGCUUCCUCUGCCGUGCUGCCUGCCCGGGCUGUGUCGCGGGGGCCACGGCCCCUCCUUGCGGUCCUUCACGGCGUCACUUGGGCCACGUCUCCUCUCCCAGAACGGGAGCCCCUCUGGGAUCUUGUUGCUGAGGGAGGAGCCGCUAAGGCCAGAAGCUGAAGCAAGGUGACCUGGGAGGGAGGGACCGGCAGGCGCCGCCAUGGCCUUGUUGCCUGAUGGAGGGGCCGAUGCUCACCGGCAGCGGCUCUGCAGAGAAGCUAUCGUCCUGCAGGUGCCACGAGUGGGGCAUUUUCACGGCGUGGGACUGCAAACGUUAUAAGCUAAUAAAUCCCCACCGUUAAAACGCA